GGAAAGAGGAGGGGUGGUGGUGGUGGUGCGGGAGAGGCUGGGAGCUCCAGGGAGUCUUCACUACCUACACUGUCACUCAGCUCCCGGCUCGAGUGGCAGUCGGGGGUGGGGAAAUCCAGCCUGCGCGGAUGGCGGAUACUAUUAAAGCCCCAGCGGCGCGCAGCCGGGCCCGGUGACCCGCGGCGGGUGCGGGAGGGUCUGCGGCUGGCGGGCGGCGCUGCAGCAGCCUGGGCACGGCCGCCGCCCGCGGGCGCGAGUGUGCGCGGGUGUGGGAAGGCCGGCGUGCGGGCCGCGAGGGGUGUGCGCGCGUGAGUCGGAGCGGGGCUCGCCCCUCUCCGGCGCCUGCCGCUCCACAGCUGCCGAUCGCUCUCCAGCGGUCCCCGGCCCCCUUCGGGCCCCUCGUUUUCCUACGGCCGUCAGUCCGGGCGGGGGUGGGGGGGGAGGGAGAAAGUGAGACUCCGUGUCAUCACCAUCCAUUGUCAGAACAGGAGGAAAUUGGAAUCCAGCAGCGGCGAGCAGCAGCUGGGCGGUCACAUCUGGGAAUGCAAAGCCGACCUCCUCCUCCUCCUCCUCCUCCACCUCCUCCUCCUCUCUCACCCGGGAUCACUUCCGAAACCACUUCGCCUUCAGCCCCUGCCUCGGCCAGAGGUUUCAUUUUUAACUGAAUAUUUACGAAAGCUGGAAGCGUGCGAGGGGGGUGGGGUGGAGUGGAAAUAGCGGCUGCUUCUUUUCCAGGGAUUUAUUUAAUGGGGAUGUGUUCAAGGCAAGAGAGAAUUCAGAAGGAUAUCGACGUCGUGAUCCAGAAGUCAAGAGCCGAGAAAGACUGCCUGUUUGCAGAUUUCAGAUACUCAGACUCCACCUUUACUUUCACCUACGUUGGCGGCCCCAAAAGUGUAUCCUACUCCGUCCACGUCUCAGAAGACUACCCAGACAACACGUAUGUGUCAAGUUCAGAAAAUGAUGAGGAUGUCCUAGUCACUACAGACCCAAUUCCUGUCAUUUUCCAUAGAAUAGCAACAGAAUUAAGGAAAACAAAUGAUAUUAACUGUUGUUUGUCCAUAAGAUCUAAGUUACAAAAGGAAAAUGGGGAGGAGUCAAGGCAAAAUAGUACGGUGGAAGAAGACUCAGAGGGUGACAACGACUCUGAAGAAUUUUAUUAUGGAGGACAGGUGAACUAUGAUGGGGAACUACACAAGCACCCUCAGCUAGAAGCUGAUCUGUCUGCGGUGAGAGAGCUCUAUGGACCACAUGCAGUUUCUCUCAGGGAAUAUGGGGCUAUCGAUGAUGUAGAUAUUGAUCUGCACAUUGAUGUCAGCUUUCUGGAUGAGGAGAUUGCUGUGGCCUGGGAAGUGAUUAGAACAGAACCUAUUAUUGUCCGACUACACUGCUCUCUUACACAGUAUUUAAACGGCCCAGUGCCCACGGUUGAUGUCUUUCAGAUUUCGACAAAAGAGCGGUUUGGAUUGGGACAUCAACUGAAAAAAAUCAUGCAGACGUUUGUUUCUCAGCAGUGGAAACAGAGCAAAGACAAGUCCAAUUGCCCGCACGGUCGCCCAGCUAUCCUCCCCCUGGUUGUGGCAAAAGCAAAUCCAAACUGAAACCCGAACAAGACGGCAUCUCCAAAACACACAAGCUGCUGCGGAGGACUUGCUCCAGUACUGUCAAAGCCGAUGAUAUGUGUGCCAAGUCGCACAGGACCUUCGGGCGCUCGCUGUCCAGCGACCCCAGGGCCGAGCAGGCGAUGUCCACCAUUAAAUCGCACAAACUUUUGGGCCGGCCCUGCCCCUCAGCCGGCAAGCAAGAGGACUGCCUCACACUGAAGUCCCAUAAGUUAUUGACUCGAUCUUGUUCUGGAGACCCACGAUGUGAGCACAACACCAACUUGAAGCCCCACAAACUGCUAAGCAGAUCUUACUCCAGUAAUCUCAGAAUGGAAGAGUUAUAUGGCCUGAAAAAUCACAAAUUGCUCAGCAAGUCUUACUCCAGUGCCCCCAAGACAUCGAAAAUGGAGCAUUUCAAGGAACCCAACGCAGAGGGCAGGAGGCUCUCGCUUACCUCAGGGCUUAUCGGUAUUUUAACACCAUCAUCGUCUUCUUCCCAGCCUCCUACAAAUGGUGCAAAAAGCAUUCCAAUCCGAGACCGCGGCUUCCUGGUGCAGACCAUUGAGUUUGCUGAGCAGCGGAUCCCUGUACUGAAUGAAUAUUGUGUGGUGUGUGAUGAACCACACGUGUUUCAAAAUGGCCCCAUGCUUAGGCCCACAGUAUGUGAGCGAGAGCUGUGUGUGUUUGCUUUUCAAACCCUGGGAGUGAUGAAUGAAGCUGCCGACGAGAUCGCUACCGGAGCUCAGGUGGUAGAUCUGCUUGUGUCCAUGUGUAGAUCUGCGUUGGAAUCUCCUAGAAAAGUUGUCAUUUUUGAGCCAUAUCCUUCUGUGGUAGAUCCUAAUGACCCUCAGAUGUUAGCCUUCAAUCCCAGGAAGAAGAACUAUGAUCGUGUAAUGAAAGCUCUGGACAGCAUAACUUCCAUCAGAGAAAUGACACAGGCACCCUAUCUGGAAAUCAAGAAGCAGAUGGAUAAACAGGACCCCCUUGCUCAUCCACUUCUGCAAUGGGUCAUCUCAAGUAAUAGGUCACAUAUUGUGAAACUGCCAGUCAACAGGCAACUGAAGUUCAUGCACACGCCACACCAGUUCCUCCUCCUCAGCAGCCCACCAGCCAAAGAGUCCAACUUCAGAGCCGCCAAGAAGCUCUUCGGGAGCACCUUCGCAUUUCAUGGCUCUCACAUUGAAAACUGGCACUCUAUCCUGAGGAAUGGUCUGGUCGUUGCCUCUAACACGCGUCUGCAGCUCCACGGUGCAAUGUACGGAAGUGGGAUCUAUCUUAGCCCGAUGUCCAGCAUAUCAUUUGGUUACUCAGGGAUGAACAAGAAGCAGAAGGUGUCAAGCAAGGACGAGCCAGCUUCCAGUAGUAAAAGCAGCAAUGCAUCACAGUCUCAGAAAAAAGGACAGCAAUCCCAGUUCCUGCAAAGCCGUAACUUGAAAUGCAUAGCCUUAUGUGAAGUGAUCACGUCACCUGACCUGCACAAACAUGGCGAGAUAUGGGUUGUCCCGAACACGGAUCAUGUCUGUACAAGAUUCUUUUUUGUUUAUGAAGAUGGCCAGGUGGGAGAUGCCAAUAUCAACACACAAGAAGGAGGUAUUCACAAAGAGAUACUCCGUGUGAUUGGUAAUCAGACUGCGACUGGUUAAAGGAAGACCACGUAACAGGAUCUGAAAAGCCUUCCUCGGGUUCAAAGCUGGAUUUUGAACUGAAGAAGAUGACAAAAUAAUUUAUUGUUAUUAUAAACAAAAUUAACCCUUUGAAUACUGAUUUUUUUUUCUUUUCUUAGUAUUUCUAAAUAUUUCAUUAAAUGCCUAAAAUGGUAUAAGAUUUACCGAUUGUAGGGUUAUGGAAUCUAGUAAAUAAACAUUAAACAGCACUUAAACUGAAGUUUGGGUUGCGUACACAAUAAACAGAUUGAAAAAACAGUUUUGUGCUGAUAUUUUUAUAUGAAAUCCUUUAAUUGGACAUUCGGUAUCAUAUACUGCUAUUAUAGGAUACUGAAGUAGAAUUGAGGUCGUUCUAUAAUGGCUUCUAAAUCUGCCAGACAGUCUGCAAUAAGUACAAUGUCUGCACGUGGCGGUGUGCUCAGUCAGUGUGAGUCACACCAACAUUUGAAUGCCAUAGGAGGGAUAUUCCUAUUCUCAUGUCUUUUCUUAUAAAACGGCAGUUAGGUCCAGAGGCAGUGCAAUGCCAGAAGGCUUGGAGCACACCCAUCUGUAGAUGUCAUGUUUCAGGAUGUGCGAUUGAGCACAUGUGUGCAUGUUCAUGCUGCAUGUAUUUUGACAGCAGAGAUGGAUAGCUUCUUCAUUCUGUCAUUUAGUGAACAGAAAAUCACAAUCAAUAGGCAGUAAGUCUGGACAUAAACUGAAAAAUGAGCCAAAUUUACUGUAGUUCAUUCACAUACACAAAAAAAUACUUAUACGCUCAUUUUUUUUCCCGAUAGUUUGAUGAAAUUUUUCACUGGUUAAUAUAACUAAUUUAAAAUGUUACCUGAAAGUCAACUAGGGGAAAAGUAAUGUCCCUGGUGGCUCACAUCUGUAUUUAAAUACUUAGUUGAUUUUUAAAAAGGACCAUAGAAGUAACCGAAAGUGCACAUUUCUUAUUUCUUCCAGUGGAGUUUACUUGUACCAUACCUGUAUUUUUGUAUUUUCAUCUGCUACCUCUGAUUAUUUUUUUCAUAUUGAGAAAGAAGGUCAACUCUGAAGCUCCUUUUACAUUAAAAGAACACAAGCUUACAGAGAACGCUCACCUCCCUGUCAGCACUUUGUCGAGAGUCAUGCGCUCAUCCAAUCCUUUCUGUUCUUUUGUUUCUUAGAUUCAUAGGCCUUUCAAGUUUUAACUGACAUUGUUUAUUUUGCUAUAUGAACGAUACCUUUGGAAUCAGACCAUUCAUGGGAGCAGUUUAAUUAGUGAGUUUGCCACUCUAUUUAGUCCCUGAAUCAAGGCUCCUAUCUGAUUUUGUGUAAACAGAAAAAAACUACAAACAUGUCAUCAUUUGCAGUUGUGGUGUAAUAAUUUUCCUCUUUAUUCCCUUUGGCAUAAAAGGUGAGAGGCGGGUCAUGCUUGUUGUCAGGGGUUGCAGUUUAGAAAGAUUUUACUGGUCAUUUGUUUUCCUUAUACUAUAAAUAAUUGAAAUGCCACCACUUAUGAAAAAAAAACAGAAUUGAAGAGGCUGGGAUACAAGUAGUUUAAUAGUGUCUGCUCAGAGGAGCAUCGAUUUGUUGUGACUUCUCCCUCUGAUCUAGGGAGUAAUAUCAGCAUAUUAGAUCCUCUAUUGAGCGUUCAGUGAUCAGUUAUUUGAAGACUUGUGUGGCAUGAGAAUAUCAUUUACUUCUUUCUACCAGACAUCCUAAGUCAUUGCAACAAUAUUUUGAGAUAUUUUCUAGGCAACAAAAAAGGAAGUGAUUUUAUGGGACGUUCUACAUGAGAUAAUAAUAUAAAGAUGUAAUUCCUAAAUUUAAAAUGGGUGCUUGUCUUAGGAUCCUCCUAUCAAGAUACCAGUGAGGAACCUCCGAAAAGUCUGUAGAAUGCCUCCUAGCUUAAUUGAAACCCCCUGACCUGUCAAUUAUGGUUUCAUUUAAUAGUUAGUAUGCUGUACUCGAAUAUGAACCAGAAGGGUAACCUGUAUUUGCAUUCAAGGGAAAUAAUUAAGAGGAGGGAAAACUGACAUCAAAAACUUCUACUGCCAAUUUAAGAGUACAAGAAAAUUUGCCUAUUCAAGUAGAAAAGUAAUUGGUAGUUUAAUACCCAUUUAAUACAACACAGCAAUGGGCAUUUUAUGAUAAUUAAAUGAGAUAUCUUAAAAUGAUCAUCGAGUUGUAUUACCUUCCCAGAAUUAGUUUCCCACAAUUGCAUCAGAACUUUUAUAAGCAAAUAUUCUAAAAAGAGAAAAACUUUUAUUGAACUUUUGAAAUUGGAACUCUUAUGAUAUAUUAAUGAAAAUGCUUAUAUUUCUAAAGGAUGUAAUUUCUACUAAUACCAUUAGCUGGUGAAUACCCUACUUCUAAAACUCAAGGUCUCUAAAAAAUUCAGAAACAACUAUCAUCCUAUGACCCAGUUGCCCUAUUAGGGUGAUUUUACUUGAUGACUCUAGAAAUUUUAGAUGGUAUUGCAGUUUAAUUAUCGUUGGAAAUCUAUCCAUUGUCUUUUAUAACAGUAAUAUUAGCUCUUUAGUCAUUGCUACUCAGUACUACCCACAAAGCAAACCUCAUUCGUCAUAUAGAGUAGGGUCCAUUCUUUCUCAUGUUGCUAAUUUUAUGGAACAUUUCAUUAGGAAACAUUCUUCCUCUUUUGCUACAAAAUAGAGAUGAAAUGACUGGAAAUUGAAGCAGAGAAAAAUGUAAUGAGAUAUAAAUAAUGAAGUACUACAGAGUUGAGUGUGUCACAGUGAAGCACUUUGAUGUGCCCAGGAGUAUGAUAGGCUGGGAGUUAAUCUCAGUCAGAUGUUGGGUUCAAAGGUUUUUUAUUUAAACUUGAAUUUUAAAAGUGCCAUAUCCUUAGAGUUGCUGUGAAACUCUGUAGAAAUAAGAGAUGAACCCAAGUUGAUGUGAUUGUUCCUCCUUGGAAAUUUUAAGAAUAUGGCAUAGUAGCCACUCAGUUUCCACUCCUCUACUGAUUAAAAGUGAGCAUUAAAUAUGGAAGUCUAUAAUCUUUAAUACCCCUUGAGACUUUUACCAAUGUUUGCCAAAUUGGUAAAAGUUUCAUUAAUCAUAACUUGUUUCAGGACAUGCAGUUUCAGAAAGCAUUCAGGACAAACUCAUCCACAACUUUCAUCACACAGUAAUUUAAUAUCACGAAGGGCCACUCAAUCUUGGAUCAUCUCUCAUCCAAAUGAAUAGAGAUAUCAUGGUCACAUUUGAAGCACAUUAAAGAAACACACUAUCCUAUUGGCCUGCUGAAUUCUUCGUUCUAACACUACCUCAGCACUAAAGAGUGACUGCUUAUAAAAGCAAAUUGGUUUCCAGAGUAAGGAACAAAUACAAUUUUACAGACUGAAGUCGUCAAAUCAAUCAACAGUUGAGACCAUACUAGACACAGACAUUGCCGGCUCCUUCCCAAGGGCAGUAGCCUAGGCAUCUUAGUCACAGCAAUCAAUGACAUAGUUAAUGAGUUAUUGCAAAGGAUUUAAGUGGCAUAAUUAUAAGUCAAUUAGUUCACUGUUAGGCUCAUUUUCUACAUGGGCCACUUUCAUGUCCAAUCACUUAAGAGCCACAGUUACGCACACGAAAGGGUUAAAGAGUUUAAAGAGCAAAACAAAAUAACCCCAGUUGCUGGGCUAGAACGACAAACUGAAUAUUCAAAUACUGUUGGCAACUAUUGCCUAUGAAAUUUUUGUCAGCUCAUCUAUGGAUUUGAUGUAUAUUAUUACCCAGUAAAUUUUUCUUGGGGACUUUGUACACACCAUGAAAUAUAGACUAAGUUUUUGUCAGUCAAAAGUAUUUCAAGUAGCUUUUAGACAAAACAUAUCCAUGAGUGUGAAAACGCUGUCUUGAGGAAUAGAUUACGUUACCCAUUUACCAGCAAGUCCACAAAAAAUAAAAUAAAAAAUAAAAUAAAAAAUAAAAAUAAAUAAAUAGUACUUACUUACAUAGUCAACGUCAUUUAAUGUUCUAAAACAGUUUCUUCAAAUCUGCCCAAUAUUUAAUGUAUCAUUUGAGAUUUUUAAAACUGCAGCCACAUCUUUAUGUAAACAUUAAGGUAUGCCUAUGUUUCUUUGACAACCUUCUUUACAAGAAAUUUCUUGACUUUUGUGCACAGAAUAGUAUUGCAACCUGCUAUUUAGCCUUUGGUGCCUUAGAGUUAUUCUAACUAUUUAACAAUAUGUACAUAAUGUAAAUACUGCCAAGAGAUCACUAAGGCCAAAUAUUUUCUCUAUUCACUUUUUAUUGCACUUGCUUUCUAUUGCUCCCUCAGCCUCUUUUAUCCAGCUUUGUAAUAGUUCUACCAUUGUAGCCGAUGUACAUGUUUACUUUCAAUAAAUCUGGAUUUGUUCAA